AAAAUAAAAAAGGCAGGGAGAGAGAGAGAGAGAGUGAGAGACAAACAAGGGAAGCCAAAGAAGAAAGACUCGGAGCUCCCUCUGCCCCCUCAUAUCUCUCUAGGGAAUGAGAGAGUAGGGCAGAAAAUAGAGGGACGGAGGAAGAGAAGACUGUUGAAUGUAGUUGAGCAUCGCGUUCAGAGAGCACCCAGCAGCCAAUGAGAGACUGUGAUGGGACCGACACUGACACCCAGACCAAAGCAGACCAGAGAUUUCUGACAUGGUGUCUGUCGACCCAGAUUGAUGGGAGAAAAAAUGAGGGGAGAGAGGACAGACAAAGACAGACUUGCGCCGCUGCGUCAGAAAAAACAGAAUGUAUACCGAGGACAUUCAUCCUCCGAUGUGCCCACAAGAUAUUUUUUAAGGUGUUCUGCUGUAAAUAAGGUGUGUGGACCAAGUGUGCAGCACUAAUCUUAGAGACGGGGGAGGGGAGCGAUUCUCCACAAACACACAAACCCCCUUCUCUGCCAAUCAGAGAGGAAGACAGAGAAGGAGAAGGAGAGCAAGUGAAGGAACAGGGGAGACGGCAGAGAGACUGAAAAGAGGAAACAGCUCCAGCAGUUAUCUUUGGUGGACAGAGAGGAAGAAUUAAACACGAACACACACUGUCCAGCCACACGUUACAAGGCUCUCCAGCCAGCGGAGGCGGAUAACCAGCCAGACACCUCAUAUCUGCAGCUCAAGACCAAGAGGAUUCCUCUCUAAUUAUACCCCGACUUCAUCCUAAGCUGGACCGCAAGCUUUAAGAGGAGAGACAGAAGAAGAGGGAAGUGCUUUGUAGCUUCCUUGAAGGGGGUGAGAGUGUAAGGAGAGUGACAGAAAGAGAGAGAGAGCAGGGGAAAUCUCCCCCUCGCCCUCUCUCGACCCAGAACACCGUCAGGCUGGCUGGCACAGCCAUGGCCUUCACCUUUGCGGCCUUUUGCUACAUGUUAACACUCGUGUUAUGUGCUGCCCUCAUCUUCUUCGUCAUCUGGCAGAUUAUUGCUUUUGAUGAGCUGCGCACAGACUUCAAAAAUCCCAUUGAUCAGAGCAACCCCACCAGAGCGAGGGAAAGAAUAUUGAACAUCGAGAGAAUCUGCAACCUCCUCCGAAGGCUGGUGGUUCCAGAGUAUUCCAUCCACGGGCUGUUCUGUCUGAUGUUCAUGUGUGCAGGGGAGUGGGUGACUCUGGGCCUUAACAUCCCCCUGCUCCUCUAUCACCUCUGGAGGUUUUUCCACCGUCCUGCAGAUGGGUCUGAGGUUAUGUAUGAUCCAGUGAGUGUGAUGAAUGCAGACAUUCUGAAUUACUGCCAAAAAGAGUCCUGGUGCAAGCUAGGUUUCUACCUUCUGUCCUUUUUCUACUAUUUGUACAGUAUGGUGUAUGCUUUGGUCAGCUUCUAAGGGAUCAAAUGAAGGACAGGAUGAUUGUGAAAGGAAGGAGAAAAAUGACAGAAUAAAGACCGAACUAUGGCGCUUCCCUCUCCCUCAUCAACAGACCUUGUUCAGCUCCUCCUCAGAUCUCCUGGGUGGGGAUGGACGAUGGACAGAUGUAGAAAAAGCUCAAGACAAGGAGGCAUUUAAAGCUGUCAAUGUAAAGCUGCCUCAGUUACUGUCAGUAAAAAAAAAACAAGUGGAGAUGUGGACCAAAAGAAACGAGUGCAAUAGAAAGAGAGAAAUAUGGUGAACAAAAGACUCAGGCAGUGUGGAUGUUUUGUAACACCAUUGAAUUUCUCAAGGGCUGCUGAAAAUUUCCGCUGCUCAUAGCAACAAAUGGUUCUUAAUGUCUACGAAGAGACAUGUAAAGUGCUACUGAGGCCAUUACAGAAUGUGUUACCUUCAAUUUUAAAUCAAUAGACCGUGGACUUUGUCGCAACGUCUUUAUCUUCAGAUAACUGUCAAGUAUUUAAUAACUGCUAAGUAUUUGCUAUUUCAGUAUUUGUGGUAGAUAAAUGUACCCUGUAUGUAGAGGUACGAUAUAAUAAUUGAUUAAAUUCUGAAUAUAUGGCCAGGGUAGUUCUAUUAGUGUCCUUAAACAACCGCACAUUUUUACGUCAAAUCUGAUGGUGACGUAUACAAAGACAUUUCAAAGCAAAUCAACCAAUGAGAUAAGUAUCACAAACCGGGGAAACUGUUUGAGCAACAUCCAGAUGAGGAUUGACACCCCAUGUUCCAGAUUCAUCCAUCAUGGGCUGCGGUGAGGACGAGCGGUCAAGUAGAACGGCAGACUCUUAAUUGAGACAGGCGUGCAGGACAGGCCGUGCUGGAGGGAAGAGAGAUCCGACCCCAACCUCUGCCGGAGUUCAAAUACUCGAUAGACUGUGACAAAUCAUAAAAGCACUUUUGGAAUGCCAACAGAUGAACUGUAGCAAACAACAGAGGAAGAUUAAUUUGCGUUGAGUGGGCUGAUGUGCGUGAGACAGCCGGACACAGCAGACCGUGAUGCAGAUGAUGGAGACACUGGUGUCGGAAACGUUCGACGAUGAUGCUUUGGACAACAUACAAACUUUUCAGGCAAUCUUCUGUGUUGUUAGACUAAAGCCGACAUUUAAUGCCACUCUGUUCCGUGUAUCACAAGGCCUCUCGAUUUGCCUCACCUGGAGUUCCUGUGUUGUGCUGUGUCCAUCAGUCUGCUAAAAAAGUCGAUUAAUGAUUAUUUACCCUAGCUGUGUGUAGUUCUGGCUUUGUAGAUGAAUAGAGUGGCCGAACGUAUCUCUCAUGAGCCGCUUCACUAGCUAGAACGGCUUCAUUUUUAACUUAAAAGCAAGCAAUUUAAUAACGACAAUGUCUGAGUGCUUUUUGGCAACACUGCCUAUCUGGUUCUAACUCCCGGGUCUUCUUUCCAUCUUGGCUUUGACUUGAUGUACCCUCAAAAAUGUGAAUAUAUAUCCUGGACAAUCGCUAAUAGCACAGGAAUGUGGGCCGAGAGACAGCUGACUGGGUCUUCAUUAUAGACGUCAUCACUGAAUGUCUUUUUGUGAUUAAUAUUAGUUCACAUGCAGUAUCUACAUUUAAGAAUACCUGCAUGAUUAUGUCUUUUAUACAUGAUUCAUUAAUGUACGCUACAGCACCUUUGCUAACUUUAUGGUCUGUAUUCAGUUGAAUACAACCAAAUAUCUUAUAUACUCCAAAAGCAAUUACACAUGUUCUAAUAAAAAUAUGUUGCCAAAAAAAA